AUGCAAAGCGAUGAGAGAUCCUCCGCGGAGGUUUCAUUGGCCGUGGGUGACGCGACAGAUGUUUCAAAGAAGAGAAACCUACAAGAGCAGUGGCUGUUGCCGUAUUUAGACCGUUGCACGCAUCCCCGCCUACGAGAGGCGAUUGAGCGUGAGGACCGCAUGGCUAUAGAAAAGGGCAUGCUAUUACUGCUGGCAUUCGGAACUCCAGAGGAGGUUGCGGGUAGAAUUAAUUCUAACAACGUGGACGAGCAGCGGGGUGAACACGGAGAGAAGGGAUCAUCCUGCUCACGCUUUGGCGUCGCUGAUGGCACGGGAACUCCUGUUCCACUCGUGCCUAUAUGCAGCUCCCCACGGAACGAGUACAGUGACUGGUCCGAUGCCGAAGACGAAUUAGUGUGUCGUUGCACAUACUUUAGGAGGACAUUUACAAAUAAAAAUUUCUCGUACAACCUCCCUCGCGACGUGCAACGCAACGUCGUAAUCUUUCUCUAUACGUGGAUUGUGAACUGGGACUUCAUGAUUCGUAACGUGAGCGCGUGGAGUUCUGUUGUGAGUUGCUUUUGCUCAGUUGUUCGUGGGCGACGCAAAUAUGCAUUGAAGCACCCCGGGUUUUCCCUUCCGUGGAAACCGCUCGUGGAUAUCGUUCACUCACUUGUUUUCGAAUCAUCACGGUUGUCUCGUAUUCGGUUCUACACCCAUGUAAAAGCAGAAGUUGCUGAAAUACUAGCAAAUUUGUGCUGGUGUGCCUCAUUGCACUUUGAUGGCGAAUCCCUAAAUGGGUUGUGGGAGAUUUGUGCGCCUUAUUUCUCCCAAGACAGUGAGCAGGCGGUGCAGGCGCUGUGGUUUUUAUAUAUUCUUCUACCAAUUCAUGCUACUUAUGAUCGUGUAACGGGAAGAGCGCUGCCUAUGACGGAGCGUAUUGUGCGUUUCUUGCUUGUGGAUGCACGUUAUUGGCAGCAGAGGUCAGGGAGUUGGCUCAUGGUUUCGCUGGACAUUGUGUUUAAGAUCUGUCGAGAGCGUGCUGGAAUCAUGGACCUUGAUGAAUACGCGGAAACAUUGUUCAGUAUGAUAUUGAGCGUAAUGAGACCGCCCAUUAGUAGCAAUGAUAAGCCGGAGCGCCUCGUUUCAUCUGCAUGGUCUUUUGGCGGCCGCAAAGUGCUGGAAGUUAGUCAAGGUCGGUUUAUGAAGAUUGUCGGGCGCAUUAGUGAGGCACUACCUUGCUGUACCACCUCACCACUAUGGAAUCAGCUGCGUCGGUUUGUGUCUUCAACCAGUGUUUUUCUUACACCUUGUGCCGUUGAUAGUAGAGCACUGGGGCACUUGUUGUCGUUUUACAACACCUUCCUGGAAACCGCUUACUUGCGGGUGAAGCACAAGCACAGUUGGUUGCUAACGGGUGAGAAAGAUCCAGGAAAUGGUUUUGUCAUUAAUGGAUAUCGUUGGAAGCGGGAGACCGUCGAUUCCCUUGUCGAGAUUGUGGCCCCCGCGAUUAUCCCCGCGUUAUACCACGGCCACCACUCUAUUAUAAAUGCAGUGGGGUUACUUACGCUUCUUUCACCCAAAAUUAUGCAACCACCUGCCUUCAAGUACGUUGAAGCUGGAAUUCGUGGAUGCUUGGAGUCACCCCUACAGUGCUCUGUGGCCCUCAAGUUAUUUACGAAGACCCUUUUGCCAUUUAGUGAAUGCAGUGAGACCCGGGAGAGUUGUCGGACGUUCCUCAGUGAGAUACUUCCACUAGUACCGCAGUGGAUAAAUUGCAGUAGUAUUCAACUUUCUAAUAGUGUGCGAGAGUUCUUGUUUGCCGUCUUUACUGUUUUAAAUCUAGACGAAUUAUUGGGCAGUGAAGUUGCUGAGUGUGAGUUUGCUGUCAGCGUUGUGGAACAACUGUUUCAUAGUGCUAAGCGGGGAGAUACUGAAGACAGUGACGCGGAUGUUCUGGCGAGUAUUAUAGAUUCUCUUUCGCACAAUGUCAGUGACGAAGCUUACAGUGAUUGCUUGAAGAAGGCUCUUAAAGAGGCGGAAACGCAGGUGAAAAACUCGCAGGUACCCUCUGUAGGUUGCCUGCUGGAACCCCUUGCUCGGCGUUCUCCUGAACGCGUGAUGAAGUGGGCGAUUGCACGGUUGUUGCCGCCGCUGCGCAGUGAUGUGAAUACGUGCAACGACGAGGAGGUAUUGUGGUGUUCGUCUUUAUUGUCCAGCUGCGUUUGCGGUGCUGGAUUAGCCUGCUUUCCUUAUCGUUACGAGUUGCUGGACUGCAUUCAAGCGCAACUUUUCUCGAUAACUAAUCGAAAGCGGCGCUGCUGCGCUGCCCUACUUUACACGGCUGUUUUCUUCGCCUUUUCUGAAACCAGGUGUGUCGGUGUCCGAGCUGUGGAUUCGUCACUGGUACGGGGCGAUCACAUGAUGGAGGAAGAGUCAUGUGCCGCUGAGGGCGACUCGGAACAGAAACAAGAUAAAUCUAGCAUGGGACUGUAUCGUUACUUUGAUGUGGAACCUGUGUGGCAGGAACCAUCGGAGGAACAUGUUUCGUUCCUCCAUGAGGUUUAUCAGUUGUUUCUGACGGAUCUCACAGACAUUAUUCAAAAUAUCGAGCACAUUAGGGUCCCCAGUCGUAAGGAGGCUGCACGGGGCCUGCGUGCAUUCCUUCCGCCUCAUUUGUCCCCUAGUUCACAUCACGAUAGUGUGAACGAAGGUCUGAGGGAAAAUGGUGGGUGUGUAGACGAUUCAGUGCGUCAGUUGGUAUCACAUCAGGCACCGUCGGCUCCUGACGCUGAGGGCAGCCACGACGUCGUCACGCCUCAUAACGUGCUUUGCGGUGCAGUGUGCUGGUUGGAUACCGUUUGGGCCGUUAACUGUGAGCUGCGAGUUCAGUGUGCCACGGACGGUGAGACCAACAUGACGCCAUGGCACUAUAAGGACCCUAAAACUCCAUGGCCCCUACACGAGGUUUCCCCAUCGCUUCUAGAGAAGUCUACAAGGUUAACGGAGAGCAUUCACAGUCUACUUUUGGAUUAUGUGUUGAGACGUGUGACAGGUGGCGUGGCUGAUGAAGCUGUUAUUGCUACCGUGUUGCGACGCGAUCAAAGUUUGUUGGUACGUGGUAAAUUGCCGCUGGAUGUUGCCCACACAAAAGGGGUUGACGUCGAUACGCUUUGCUACGUUCUUACACUCUUUUUUCGGGAAAUGGGAUUAGACACCCGAACAAACAUUCCCAAUGAUUACACCAUCCCUUUUGACGUGGAAUUCAAGCACUUCUCCGCAAUUAUAGUGGAGUCGGAGAGGCACCGCUUCUAUUUUCCAGCCCUUUUCUGGCGACUGCGAUCAGAAUAUCUCCUCCACUGCCGCCGCCAACAGAAUCCAAUGGUUGUUUAUCCUCAGUACCUUGGUGACACCCUCUCUAUCGCGUACUCAUUGCUGUUUUCACCGUACCCAGAUGUCCGAAAACAUUGCUCUUGCAUUCUAAGAACAUAUCUGCCAUACCUCGGUUUCGAUGGUUGUCGCCAGUUUCUCCUGCGCCAUUUCGAUGUUUUGGAGGGUAUAAUCGAUUUCGUCAGACAGGAAGGCGAUGUUUGUAGUGGAGAGAAGAACAGCAUAUGUGAUAAGGAAGGACACACUGGACCAGGGGAGGAAAUUUUACAAAUUGAGAAUUGUAGCAGUGAGGGCAAUGAUUCCUGCGUGGAGGGUGACCGUGGCAGUGAUGCAGCAAAAAUAUGUGACGUUUUUUUUGUUGAGGGGUGUACUGGUGCCGAAACAAGUCAGAGUAAGAGUGAUGACCACGGUAAAGGCUCCGCGCUUGCCAACGCAUCUGACGAUAUCGCAACGAGCGGUGUAGGCGAGAAAGGUUCUCUUGUGCAGUUGCGAAAGGCGCUGAGUGGUGCAAUUAUGCAAACAGUAAUAGGUUUUUCCUUGGACGUAUAUCAGCGUGACGCAUCUUUUAUUCGGCGUAUGUUUGAAGUGGGAUUAAAAAUACCAGACCAGCUUCGCCGAACAGGCAGCGCAUGCUCCUUAUAUGGGGACCGUGCUGCGGAGGUGUGCACUCCAUUCCUUAUUGAACCCAUGGCGAUAGCGUGUCUUACAGAUGAGCUGUUGCCGCUUGCAAUGAAGUGCUCACAUACGGCACCGACGUUUGCUGUUCAGAUGCUGCGUACCCUCUCUUGUAACCACAUCCAACUACAUUACGAGCUUCUUUCACCAGCUUCCAUUGCAGCGCUGUUCAAACUUACAGUGGACAUCUGUGCCGAGACGCGUCGCUCGGCGUUCUCUGUACUGCGGGUGGUGCUAUAUUCGUUAAAAGAGAAGACACCCAAAGUGAACAUUUUGAUGCGGAAGGGAAGCAUGGAAGGUGAAGAUACCACCUCUUUUUUUAGCAACAGGUACAGAUUUUUACAGGAAAACCACACUUCCUUUAGCCUCCAUGGAAAAAUGGGGUUGGUAUUCCCCCCUAAGUCCAUUCGGGUGGACAGGACGUGCGCUCCCCCAGAUAUAUCUGGCGAUGGCGAAGUAUUUACUGUACCUGACAAUGAGGUGCCUGGGUUAAGGUUGCGCAUGCAAUCUUUUACCACCUGUCAUGAAGAGAAGGAUUUGGCGGAGAGAAGGAUGGUGCGGCAGGGGCUGAAAAAUUUGAUUUCUAAGUUGGCGGGAAUUUUGGACGAUAACGAAAACACGUCGAAAGGUGCUCAGGAACAGGCAUCAGACACCGACGAUUCGGUGGGAAAAGUCUUAGUCAACGAGGCUGCCAUCGAGAAGAGAAUCCGAGGGACUUGGGUGUGGAACGUGCUGCUAGCAAAUCGUGAUCAAACCUCGUUUUCAGUGGGACUGGCGUCUAUGUGGAGGUCUUUAGGUGAAGCCGCAGGAGUUGAAGAGACUGUGAAAAGGUACAUACAGGUUGCGUACCUUUGGUUUAGUGACUACAUGAAGCUUGUGCAAAGCGAGAGUAACAGAAGCAAAGAAUACCCUCAGGAGCUUCCGUGCCUUGUUGACGUAAUCGUUGCUGCAAUUUGUCUCUCCAAAAGAAACCCUAAACUUCGUCGGGAGGCGCUCGAUUGCUAUGUCAGUAUGCUGCUACAAGCAUGCAGUAACAUCCUCUUGUCACAUACGGUGCUCAUGAGUUUCAUUUCAGGUCUUGGUGCACUGUACGGUAAGGUGAAAACCCAUGAUGUUUGGUCAAUGUACGAACCCUUCUUUGACAUGCUGACACCACUGGAUGAUGGUUCCGGCUCCCCCGUGAAUGUGACCUCGGGGGUACGUGAUUCAGAUAGCGUAGAGGCAAACAUCAAAGUGGCAUUUACUGGCGUGAAAAGAGGCAUAUUACGGGCGCUUCACGUCAUCACGAAGCUGCUGGACGUGUUUGCCGCUGAUGUUAACAUCGUGCUGCUGCCUAAGUUGUGUCGGUGCAUUUUGGACCGGAAAAAAAUAUUUCUGUUUAGUGAUUCAAACGAGAUUCGUCACUACGCUGCGACUUCACUAAGGUAUCUUUUGCGUCUCUCUCUGUAUCAAAGUAAAUACAUUCCUUCUAACAAUUCGGCGCAGAGUGUUGUUUUGGACUUUCUUCGUCAGCUCAAUUGUAUCGUCAGGUUGCAGGUAUGCUACCCCCCGACGGUAUUAAACUCUGGUUUCCCUUUUCAGGUGGCAACAACAUGUAUUACCGCUGUCAAUGCGAAUGAAGAUAUGUUGGUGGUAAACAAGCACCCAGUGGCAUCUGACAACAAAAACCACGGCAACACCAGUGAUGUUUCAACAACCGCUGAACAGGCUGGGUUAAAGACAUUAACCUCCAUGUGGCACAGUCCACCGCCUGAGUUAUUUAGUGUGAUGUGGAUGGAGGCAAUAACAACUGCAACUACAGCUCUGGACGGCGCUUCACUCGAUAAUGACGAUUUUGAAACAGUAGCACUGUCAACUCUAAGUUCUUUCGCUUUGUCACGGCAGCGGAAGGAUGUGAUCCAGUCAGUAGUCAAGUUUUUAUGCGAUGUCCUGGAGGGAAAUUACCCUUUUGGGAAGACGCGGAGAGCGAAGGUUGUUCUUACUCGCGCAUUUUAUCAGAUGUUGCUUAUGAACCUUCAUCGAAUUGGAAAGUAUGAGACCAUGCGUAGUGUGUUCAGUGCCUGCGUGGGGUGCAUGUCACACGGUGAUGGGGAUCUUCGUGCCAACACCCGUUCUCUUUUGGCAGUUCUUUCCAGGGUGGCAUCUAUAGAGCAAAUUAAUUCGCUCGUACAGCAGUGUGCCAAAGAAUUGCAGGAAUAUUCGAUUUCUUCAGAUCGAGACACCGGUGGUGUCGCAGAAGAACCACUCCCAGCUGUAAUAGAAAGGGAAAAUAAUCGGAAGCGACGCCGUGCAGCGCUUGUACGCUGUCUGUGUGCAUUCCUUUCUUCAGAUGUUGGCCCCAUUACACCACAUGUAAAGUUUCUCAUGCGCAAGUUAGCUCCUUUAGAGCACGACGCCAUGGCUGAGGUGCAGCGGGAGGUGAAAGUAGCAUUUGAGCAGUGGUGGAAGGCUCAUGCUAAUGGAUGGGAGUUGUACCACCGUGAAUCCUUUACACCAAAGGAGAUUGAAUUGAUUAUGCCCCUCAUGAAGAUGCCAAAGUACCUUGUCUAG